UCACUUACAUGUGCUUGCAUUUUGUGGGUGCCUAUAAUAUAUAUAUAUAUAUAUAUAUAUAUAUAUAUAGAGAGAGAGAGAGAGAGAGAGCUAGAGAGAGAUGGGUUCUUUUAUGGGAUGCUUGCAAAGAGGGCUUUGCUUACUGAAACCCCUGUUAUGGUUGAGAUGCAGAAGCUGAUCCGAGGUGUGAAAGGUUGCGUUUCUCUAGCUCAGGGGUUAGUGUACUGGCUACCACCGAAGGAGGCACUAGAGAAAGUGCAAGAACUAGUAUGGGAGCCUUCAGUUAGUCGCUAUGGUGCCGGUGAAGGCCUCCCUGAGCUCAGAGAGGCCUUAUUGAAUAAGCUAUCCAAUGAGAACAAGUUGAAGAACUCCUCAGUGAUGGUGACUGCUGGGGCAAAUCAGGCUUUUGUGAAUAUUGUUCUUACACUAUGUGAUGCGCAAGAUAGUGUUGUCAUGUUCGCCCCAUACUACUUCAAUUCAUACAUGUCGUUCCAGAUGACUGGAGUGACUGACAUUCUGGUGGGCCCUGGUGAUCUCAAUACGCUUUAUCCAGAUGCAGACUGGUUGGAAGCUACACUUCAGCAAAGAAAACCAACUCCAAAGCUUGUGACUGUUGUAAAUCCUGGUAAUCCGUCAGGAACCUACAUCCCUGCACCUCUUCUCCAGAGGAUUUCAGAUAUUUGCAAAAAAGCUGGAUGCUGGCUUGUGGUUGACAACACUUAUGAGUACUUCAUGUACGAUAGUCGAAAGCAUGUGUGCGUUGAGGAUGAUCACAUCGUCAACAUAUUUUCCUUCUCCAAAGCGUAUGGAAUGAUGGGAUGGAGAGUUGGAUAUAUCGCUUACCCUUCGGAAGUCAAAGGCUUAGCCGAGCAACUCCUCAAGGUCCAAGACAACAUUCCCAUCUGUGCUUCCGUAAUAUCCCAACAGCUGGCACUUCGGAAAAUGACCGCAAAAUAAAUAAAUAUAUAUAGUUGAGUUCUAGUGUUUGUCUUCAAAGUCAGCCGAUUCGUAACAAAUUAUUCGAAUUUAAGUAUGCUGAUUAGUCAGAAUGUUAUAUUCAAUUCUGUUAGUUAUUAAAUUUAUUUUUCAUGAAA